CACUGUGAACACCACAAUACAGCACGAUGCAUACCUUGCAACGCCAUGACGCUUCCCCAUUCCGUGCGCUCCGGGUCCUGUUCUAUGCCGGUAUGGCAGCGCUGGCGAUGUCGGCCGUGGCUGUUGUCGAUGCUGCCCGGGGCAACGAUUGCAGUCCGGGGGUUCCACUUCCCGCUAAUUUCGACGGUGCCGAGUGGCCCGAACUCGUCCGCGUUCGCCCCGAGGACGAGGCAACUCUUUACGACGGCGGGGACAACAGCACUACAGCGAAUGCCACGAAUGCAAUCCUCGUCGAGCCUGCCGUUCUGGCCAGCGCGGGCGUUGCCUACCGGUACACGGACCCGGCCCGAUUCGAAAAUGCGACCAGCAAUAUCACCUCCUCGAUCGCGUUGCCCGAUGCCGUGAUCCAACAGCUGUCGCUGGCACUCGACGAGAAGAGCGAUGAUCCUGAUCCUUACUACAAGCACGCCAACGUGGUUCUGGCAACGGAAUUCGCCGACGAAUUCUGGGACGAGCACUCGAUGGAGGCCAACACGAACGCCAACGCCAACGCAAACGCCCCAGCCGCCAAAACUGCAAAGUACGUCCUCGAUGGGAGCGGAAUCCUCGACGUGAGGGACCUCGAGGACGAGUGGGUGCGGAUCCACCUGUCUCCCGGGGACUGGUUCGAGCUGCCCGCCGGCAUUCAGCGGCGCUUUUCCGUCGACGACGAAGACUCGUAUCUCUUGGUCGUGGAUCUUUCCGCGUCUUCCGAGCCGAAACGCAUUCCCCGGUGGCCGGAGGCAGCGGCCGGAGAAAAGAUUGACAACACCGGAGCACGCAACUCCUACGUCGAUGCCUAUCUGUGCGGGGUCGAUCCCGACGGGAGCACGAGCACGAGCACGAGCACCACCGGGGGCAGCCUCUGGAACGACGGCCUGUGCUCGUCCCAUUCCACGUGUGCCGGGCUCGACCUAGACGGCGACUGCUGCCCCACCGCCGAGGGCAUCUUCUUGGACUGCUGCGGUGCCUACAUACGUUCCGAGGGGACCCUUGCCCGCGGUGGGAACGGUAGCGGACGGCUGCUGUGGGCCUCCCUGCUCGCGGGGGGCGUCGCCGCUGCCAUCGCGCUUUAGAUCGACCGGAGAGGCAAUGGUGCCGCGCCUGGUCCGGUUGGUUGGUUUUGGCACCGUUGUCUCUUGGGCCUCGGUGGGGUCCUUGGUAUUUAUUCGUGGUCUCCCUCUUAUUGGUGCAUUUUGGAACGAGGUGCUGCACACUCCCUCUUGUGGCGUCGAUACAAAUUAUUCCCAACGACAAAACACGCGUCGGUCAUUGUACCGAGUACCGGAAUCUCGCCACACGCUCCAAGAGACGAAACCACCGCCACAGGCAACAUCCUCGCCAUCGGAGGUAGACGGAACGCCAGCAUUGUUUUCACUAUUUAGCUUGGCGCGGCAGAGGCACUCUCCAUCGUCAACCAUUUCACCGCUCACACCACCUUCGAUACUCUCUAGGGACAGAUCCUAGACCGAAAAUUAAAAUCCAUCAAAAUCGAUGGCAACAGAAUUAAUAGCAAUUUAUGGU